AUGAGCUGCUAGUAGAUCGACGGGCAGAGCCCUCUUUGCAGCAGCGUUUGGCUUGGAUUCGUGAGGAGAUGCCCGCUGGAGGAACUGCUGGCUAGGGAGAAUCGGCGAUACCCUUUCGAGCACUGUGGACCUGCACCCGAUCUGAUGAACAUUGAUUUUCACAACACCUAUUGGCAGAGGGCUAUAAAUGGUAAACUCACAUCCGUAUGAGGAUAAGUUAUGGCGUUUGAUUGAGUGGCUGAAACUGAUGCGUUUGUUGGGCGCCAGCAAAGUGGUGCUCUACGAUGGCCAAAUGCAUGCGAAUAUGACGCGGGUGGUCAAGGACUAUUUGGCUUCGAGUCCUGGCUUUCUAGAGCUACGUCCCAUGUCCUUGGGCAGGGGUGAACCGCAUGCACGGCCCCAUUUCCAUCACUAUGCCAUGUUGGCGGAUGGCUUCAAUCGAAUACUGAACGAGAUGAUACCCUACAAUGAUUGCUUCUACCGCAACAUGUACAAAUACGACUAUGUGGGUGUGUUCGAUAUUGAUGAGGUGAUAAUGCCCCUCGGAAAUCACACCACCUGGCCGGAAUUGGUGAAGCUGGCCCGAGUUGUCCCAGACUAUGAGAGUCGGACAUCGGCGGAUUGCACCGAAUGGGUGAGCUUCUUUUUCCGCAACGUCUACUACCCGAGGUAUCCGGAACGGCCGAAGGUCUAUAGGAAUCUGUCCAGCUCAUUCUAUAUGCUGCAACAUGUGGAACGCGUGCGGGAGCAUUGCAAUCGAGGGGCGGCGGCCAAGUGUUUGCAUGACACACGUUUUGCCGUAGGUUUGCAUAAUCAUUUCACCUUCUUUCACACCGAGGAAUCGGCGUGUGCCGGCAAAUCGGUGCCCAUUGAGUUUGCCCAAAUGCAGCAUUACCGCGAACCCGACACCAAAUCCCUGCUGAUCGAUCCCAUUGUGGAUGCCAGUAUCUGGCGAUUUCAGCCCCAAUUGCAGGCCAGAGUGGAGGAGCGAUUCCGGCGAUUGGGCUUCCUGCCCACCGAUCAGAAGUUGGCCGAGACUCUGGAAAAGCGACGAAAACGGGAUGAACAGCAGUUGAAGGAGGCAUUGGAAGUGAAGUGCUGGAAAGUUCUUGUUGGGGCAAAUCGGCUCAAACUCUAA